AUGCCACGUGCUAAUGUCAUGUUAAAACUUAUUCUGAUAAUGGUUUGGAGGAAUCUGAUAAGAAACCCUAAUACCUAUGCAAGUGUUUUAGGUCUCAUUUGGUCUCUCAUAUUUUACAGGUGGAGCAUCAAAGUGCCAUCUAUUAUAAAAGGUUCCAUUGAAAUAAUUUCUAACACAGGACUAGGAAUGGCCAUGUUCAGUCUUGGUCUAUUCAUGGCAUUACAACCUAAGAUCAUUACUUGUGGAAAAACUCUGGCUUCACUUGCAUUCGCAAUUAAGUUCUUGGUUGGUCCAUUUAUAACUCUUGCAGCCUCCAAAGUAAUUGGUAUCCAUGGAGUUCUUUUACGAGUUACAAUUGUUCAGGCUGCUCUUCCCCAAGGAAUUGUCCCAUUUGUAUUUGCAAAAGAAUAUAAUCUUCAUGCAGACGUACUCAGCACAGCGGUUAUCUUCGGAAUGGUGGUUGCGUUGCCCGUGACAAUAAUUUACUAUGUAGUUCUUGGACUUUAG